AUGCAUCCAUACAGUUUCCGCAUUUGGGUUUUUGGUGGAAUCAAACGCCAUCCACCUCUAGCUUCGGGAAUAGCAUUAUGGAUGGUACUUGGCUGGCAUUGGGUGCUAGCCGCAUUCAGGUUUUUGGUGGAAUCGAACAUCACCCACCUCCAGCAGCUCUACAAGCCAGAUUCUGCGCUAGCUGCAUUUGGGUUUUUGGUGGAAUCAAACACCAUCCACCUCCAGCAGCUCUACAAGCCAGAUUCUGUAAUAUUGUAUGCAUCUAUAUGGUUUGUAGGUAGUUUUUGGUGGAAUUAA